UGCUUAUGGUGUACCCUCAAAUGCACCAUCAAAGAGACAAUAUGUUUCCUCAAGUUCCUCAUCUGAAUAUAUUACAAAUAUUGAGGGUUCCACCCUACAGACAGUGACAGUAUUGUACCUUUUCUCUUUGUCAAAUGGCCUGAUCAUCAUCAUCAUCAUCAUUAUUUUUCUUAAACUGCAAUGGAUGAUAAAUCCAACAAACUGCUCUUCAUCCCAGUCCUGGCCAUCCUCUUCGUGAUGAUCGGUUAUCAGUACAUCUGUCCGGUGGACAGCACGUCUUGCCGGUUUCGCAGUGGACACAUCUCGGGCACGUUAAGCCCGUUAUUGUCCGAAUUCUCACCGGGGCGGGACCGGCGCGAUCCGGACGAGAACCUCCCGGGGAUUCCGCCGUCCAGAUUCAACUUCACGCUGGAAGAUCUCGAGCGCAGGAUGGAUUUUAACAUCAGCGGCAGCGACGUGAUCGUGUUCCUCCACAUCCAGAAGACCGGCGGCACCACCUUCGGCCGACACCUGGUCAGGAACAUCCACCUGGAGCGCCCGUGCGACUGCAAGGCGGGACAGAAGAAGUGCACGUGCCACCGGCCGGGCAAAGCGGAGUCGUGGCUCUUCUCGCGCUUCUCCACCGGCUGGAGCUGCGGGCUGCACGCGGACUGGACGGAGCUGACCAACUGCGUUCCCGCUGUGAUGAACAAGAAGCAAAGGAAGGAUGCACCACUAAAGCGAAGGAACUUCUACUACAUCACGCUGCUGCGAGACCCUGUGUCUCGUUACCUCAGCGAAUGGAAGCACGUGCAGCGUGGCGCCACGUGGAAGACGGCGCUCCACAUGUGCGACGGCCGCCCGCCGACGCCGGCCGAGCUUCCAGCGUGUUACAGCAGCGAGGACUGGACUGGAGUCUCCCUCGUUGAGUUCAUGGCCUGUCAGUCCAACCUUGCCAACAAUCGGCAGACGCGCAUGCUGGCCGACCUGAGCCUGGUGGGCUGCUACAACCUGUCCUCUAUGAGCGAGGGGCGACGGGCUGAGCUGCUCCUGGAGAGCGCCAAGCGCAAUCUGAGGCACAUGGCCUUUUUCGGUCUGACCGAAUUCCAGCGCAAGACACAGUAUCUGUUUGAGAGGACGUUCGGCCUGCGCUUUAUCGCACCCUUUACCCAGAUCAACAGCACACGUGCAGCCGGUGUGGCCGUGGAGCCGGCCGUGCGCCGCCGCAUCGAGGCCCUCAACACGCUGGACAUGCAGCUGUACGAAUACGCCCGCGAGCUCUUCCUGCACCGGGUGCAACACUGCCACCAGCAGGACCGGCGCAGGACGAGGGAGAGAAUAAGGAGGCAGCGCAGAAGAAUGAGGGAACACAGGGCCUCGCAGGCCAAGCAGUGGAGAGAGGAGGAAGAAGAAGAGGAUGGAACGGAGGAGGAGAGGGAAAUGAUGAUGAGCGUUACGGAGGACUACAGCAGUCAGGUGGUGCAGUGGUGACGAUGCACCUCCUGCUGAUGCAUUUGAAUGGUUUGCUUGGUGACUCAUUGACCGCACACACUUCACUGUACUGAAGUGUUAGUUUUUACAAUUAUAAUUCAUUUCCAUCAAGAAAUGAAAAAGCACACUGAAUUUCUCACUGUAAUUGAAAGAGGCGGGACCUUUCUGGUCAGUUUCAAAGGAGUGACCAAUAGACUACUGAGAACUUACCCAUCUUUUAGAAUGAGCACAUCAAAACUUUCUUCUGUACCAAGUGCUGGUAAAGAAGUGAGAAAAAUAACCCAUCAGAUCUGUCUCAGCCCAGCACAUUUGUAAAAAAAAAGUACCCUACAUUUUUUAGAGUGUGCACAAGAUUAAUGAACCACACACACGCCUGAGCGUAUCAUUUGUCUACAUAAUAUAUCAUGUUGGUUGGUUCUCCUCAGAUUGUAAAAUGUUAUUAAUAUAAGCCUUAAAGGGGGGAAAUGAUGAAGUGGGUGGAAUAUAGAUGGUUUGUGCUAGUAAGCGCUGUCAUCACUGCAAAUUGCUAUAAAUCUCUGUUAUUUAAGUGUAUUUAAUGACUGAAAUAAAUGGUCAUAAAUCCACAUUAAAUAUAGAUGUGUAAUAAUCUUUUCAGUGUAUCUAACUGAUUAUUCAAUCUUUCAUAAAUAUAUUCAUGUAUUCUCCACUGAAUAAAUUGGAAUGUAGAUGAUACUGUUUGCAUGGGUCUUUCUCUCUGGCCUCGGAGUACAUUUAUAAUGAGCUACUGUUGU